AUGGGAGCUAAAUUAGACGUUCCAAAGGGAUAUGGUCCUUAUGUAUUUCGUAUACAUGGACAAGUGUAUCAUGAUACAUACUCUCUUCAUCCUGAUGAUGGAGAUAAUCGAAAAUAUGGUCAAUUGUAUAUUCUUGAUACUGAUGAAGCGGUGAUGGAACGAUUGAAUAAUGAAUGUAAUAAAAAAUGUUUACAAUUACUAAUGACUGAAAUAGAUAUUUUACUUAGAGAUAUUAAUAUUUAUGCAAAGUCAUUUAAAAUGAUGAAAGAAUUGGAAUUGGAAGAAGAAGCAAGGGCAAAAUUAAUGAAUGAGUGUCCGAGAAGCAUUCAAAUGUGGUUUAAACGUGAUCCAAAAUUUUCUCAAAGCAAAUAUAAUGUUCCGUCUUGCAAUGAAGUAGCAGUUAUAUUUGUUAGCGAAGAUGGUGAGCCUCCAAUUGAACGUGAUAUAUGUAUACAUCCAAGGGGUUCUAAAAGUAUUCCAAUUAGUAGUCUUAGCACACAUGCCGAUCCCAUGACAUAUCCUUUAAUGUUUCCGUCAGGUGAUCCAGGAUGGACUGUAAAUAUGAAACAUACUGAUGGUGUUCGUAAUAUUACUCCUUUACAAUUUAUAUGUAUCGCUUGUCUUAUAGAGGAACAUUUAAUCCAUGUUUACAAAUGGAAAAAACUUCGAGCUGAAAUGUACUGUGGAUUAAUGGAUUAUAUGAAUAAUAAAGCAACACAAGAAAAUAUUCGACCAGGGAAAAUGAUUAUUUUACCUUCUACAUUUACUGGAGGACCACGCGCUUAUCAACAAUGUUUUAUGGACGCUAUGCGAUUAGUUCAAGAAUUUGGAAAACCAGAUUUAUUUAUUACAAUGACAUGUAAUCCAAAAUGGCCUGAGAUUAUGGAAAAUUUAUUGGAUUCGGAAACUGCAUCUGACCGACCAGAUAUUGUUGCCCGAGUUUUUCAAAAGAAAGUAAAAGAAUUAAUGUGUGAAUUAAAAGAUAAACAAAUUUUUGGUCCAGUCAUUGCUUAUGUAUAUGUAAUAGAAUUUCAAAAGCGUGGAUUGCCUCAUGUACAUUCAAUAAUUUUUUUAGAUAAAAAGUUUGCUAUUCGUGAUGCAGAAACUGUAGAUAAAAUAAUAUGUGCAGAAAUUCCUGAUGAGAAAAAGAAUCCAGAACUUUAUAAAAUUGUGAAGCAGUUUCAAGUUCAUGGACCUUGUGGAAAGCAAAAUGUACAUUCUCCUUGUAUGAAUCCUGAAACAAAAUUAUGCACGAAAAAUUAUCCUAAACCAUUUUCUCCAAAAACAAAUUAUGAAUCAAAAAAUUAUCCGGAGUAUAGACGGAGAAAUGAUGGCAAAAAAAUUAUUUUUUAUAAUAGAGACGGGUCAAUUAAAUGCACUGCUGACAAUUCGAUGAUUGUAUCAUAUAAUCCGUAUUUAAGUAAAAAAUUUGCAUGUCAUAUUAACUUAGUAGCAUGUGGUAGUACAGGUGGUAUUAAAUAUUUAUUUAAAUAUUGUUAUAAGGGACAUGAUUAUGCAAUAGUUGGUUAUAAAGAUGAUAAUCAAGUAAUGCAUUAUGAUGAAAUUCAAAAUUAUUUAAAUACACGGUAUGUGUGUCCACCAGAAGCAAUGCAUAGACUUUAUGAAUUCAAUAUGCACGAGCAAUCACAUGCAACAUAUAGAUUAGCUGUACAUUUGCCUAAUCAACAAUCAAUAUGUUUUCAAGAAGGAAUGGAACAAACUGCAAUUGAGAAAUUUAAAAAUACAAUGUUGACAGCAUGGUUUCAGUUAAAUAGACAAGAUCCUGAAGCACGCAAAUAUUUGUACUCUGAAAUACCACAUAAGUAUGUUUUUGUUGAGUCAUCUAAAACUUGGAAAAAACGAGAACGAAUUACAAAACCUAUAAUUUGCCGAAUGUAUUUUGUAAGUCCAAAAGACAUUGAAAGAUAUUUUUUGAGAAUUUUACUACUUUAUGUACGUGGUGCUAAAUCGUUUGAAGAUGUGAGAACAUAUGAAGGUAUUAUAUAUAAUACUUAUACAGAAGCAGCACGUGCAAGAAAUUUGAUGGUAGACGAUAACGAGUGGGAUAAUUGUUUGACUGAAGCCGUGAGUAUGAAAUUUCCUAAAGAACUAUGUCGUUUAUUUGCAUAUAUAUGUGUGUUUGGUUUACCCGUGAAUGCUGUUGAUUUAUGGAAUAAGUUUAAAGAACACAUGAUUUUUGAUAAUAAUUUACCUGUGGAAAUAUCGCUUCAAAAAUCAUUACUUUUAAUUAAUGAAGUAUUUAAUUUUCAUGGAUUUACAUUACAUCAAUUUGGUUUACCAAACAUCGAUCUAAAAAUUCUUGAAGAUUAUAGUUCUGUUGAUAAGGAAGAUAAUGCGUUAACAUUACAAUUGCUAAAAGAAGAAGCUAAUAAUCUUAUUGAAAGUUUGAAUGAUGAACAACGGCAAGUUUUUAAUGAUGUUAUGAUGGCCGUACAUAAUGAUGAAUAUGAUAGUAGAUAUUUUUUUCUUGAUGGGCCUGGAGGAAGUGGUAAAAGCUAUUUACACAAUACUAUUAUUACUACAGUCGAAAGUGAGGAAAUAGUAGUUUUAUCAGUUGCUUGGACUGGUAUAGCGGCUAAUCUUCUAAAAGGAGGACGAACGUCACAUUCUAUGUUUAAAUUCCCUAUACCAAUCAAUGAAGAUUCAACAUGUAAUAUAAGUGGAAUGUCGAAACAUGCUGAACUUUUAAGGAGUGCAAAAAUUAUUAUUUGGGAUGAAAUUUCAAUGGCCCCAAAAUAUGCUUUACAAGCAAUGGAAUCCAUGUUAAGAGAUAUUACAAAAUGUAAUAAACCGUUUGGAGGUAAAGUUAUUUUGCUUUCAGGUGAUUUUAGGCAAACUUUGCCAAUUGUUCCGCAUGGUAGUCGCACUCAUAUUGUUGAGGUUUGUGUAAAAAAUAGUAAAUUGUGGAAAUACUUUGAAACUAGAUCUUUAAAUGUUAACGUUAGAUUACAUGAUAAUCAAGUAGAGUUUUCAAAUUGGUUAUUGAAUGUUGGUGAUGGCAAACCUCAAAGUACGUUUGAAAAAGAAAAUGAUGUAUUAGAAAUUCCACAAGAUUUGAUAUCGAAUGGAAAUUUAAUUGAUGAAAUAUAUGGAUCAUCGAUAAAUCCAAAUGAUGUGAAUGUUUAUUCUUCUUGUAUUCUUUCAUUGACUAAUUCAGAAGUAUUAGACAUGAAUGAUCGUAUUUUGUCAAAACUAGAAGGAGAAGAAGUAAUUUAUUACAGUGUUGAUUCACAUAUAGCUGAUGAUGAUGAAAAAAAUCUGCGGGAGGAAGAGGCAGCGAGCAUUCUAGAAAUGGAGGAGGAGGUCAGCAAGAUGCUGAAGUCCUGUGAAGUCCAGAAGAAUGUCAAUAGGACAAUCAAGGAUGGACUCAAAAGCUUAACAUCGCUCAUAAGGGACGUAAAGGAGAAGCACGCAGCAGCUGCGAAAAAGGACGAGAGUUUCUACCAGGGUUUGACCUGGUCUGAAGAAGCUAGACAAGAUCGCAGAGCUAGACGAGAUCGCUGUAACGCAAUCGUGUUGAGAAACGUCGUCUUGGAUGCUCAGAAGCGGAAGAGAAGUGAUCCUGAGCCUGCGAAGGAUCCAAAAAGGAAAAAGGAGAAGAAACCAAAAAAGACUGGAGGCAAGGGGAACAAAACGGUUCCAAAGCCAGACCAGGUCAAGAAGGGAAGAGCCACAGUGAUCGUUAAAGUGGCCGAAGGAAAGACUUUCGCUGAAGUGCUGGCGAAGGUUCGAAGGGAGGCUGACCUGGAGGCCAGCCAGACAAGGAUUGUGGAAGCUUUACCCACUAAAAAGGGAGACCUUCUCAUUAAAAUUGGAGGGUCUUCAAACAAGAAGCUGUUCACCGAGGAGGUGACAAAGGUGAUCGGCGAUUUGGGUAAGGUGCAGAUGGCGGAUCGGCGAACUACGCUGGAAAUCUGCGACAUGGAUGCCCUUACUGAGAAGAAAGAUUUUGAGGAUGCCCUGGAGAAAGUUUCCACAGUUCCAGCUGGAAGCAGAAAGGUGACGGUCCUUGGGCCAAAUAAGCGAGGAGUGAAACUCGCUGUUGUGGUCACCAGCCAUGAAGAUGCUGAUAAGCUGGAGAAGAUAGGUCGGCUGCGUGCUUUAAGUGCGGAGAAGCCGGCCAUAAGGCAGCAGACUGUAAGAAGAGCCCAUGCUGCUUCUUAUGCAAGGCGAAGUUCGGCGAAAAGGAGAACAUCCAACAUGUCGCCGGAUCAGGGAGUUGCAAGGUCUUCAGAACUGCCCUCGAGGAAGCAAAGAAGACUUUGUCAAGGACAAGGAGAAAAUAAGGCCAGAACAAGAGCGGCACGGGAGAGUUGCGCCAGCGACUACAUGGAACCAUUCAUCUACGAAGUCUGA